AUGGUCACAGGGGCCAAUCGAGGCAUUGGUCUCGGCCUUGUGAAGGAGUUUCUGAAAAACAAAGAAAUCUCCCAUGUAAUUGCAACUGCUCGUGAUCCGGACAGCGCCAAUGGAGAUAAGCGAUCCUCGGCUGAGCAUCGUGAAGUUGAACGUGACUUGCGACGACUCCAUCAGGAACAGCUUACACGGAGCAAUCAGGAGCCAAAUCGGGCUGAUAUUAUCCGGAAUUUCGACGUGAACGCGGCCAGCGUAGCCGUUCUCACCCAGACAUUCCUGCCGCUCUUGCGAAAGGCUGCUUCGCAAGUAGAAUCUGAGGAGUUCUCCCCUGACCGUGCAGCGAUUCUCAACAUCUCGUCAGGUGUUGCAUCUAUCAGCACGAAUACGUCAGGAUCGGGAAAGUUUGGAUCGCUGGCCUACCGAAUGAGCAAGUCUGCAUUGAAUGCUCUCAUGAAAACAAUGUCUAUUGAUCUCGAGUCUGAACACAUUCUCAUUGUCAGUUUCUGUCCGGGAUGGGUCAAGACGGAUAUGGGAGGGACCGAAUGCGACUAUUACGGUUGA